AUGUUAUCAGGAAACGUCGUUGGCCAUUUUGGUCGCAAUCAUUCAUUGAACAGGUGGAUUGCUCAAUACAACGUACAUCAACAGCAGCGGUAUGGAGAGCAAUUGGAUGUCGAGUUAUCCCAGAUACAUCCCGAACCGCUAACUAUCCAUAACUUGGAAGAAAAACUGCGUGAUCAAGGAGCUGUCUUGUAUAACGAGCACGGCCUGUACGUUGCUCCUCUCAAAAAUCCAUUGCCUGCCAUCUCUCUCUUGGAUGUAUUGCCUGGCUUUAUGUGUGGUUUCUGCCCUGUAGAAGAUGUAACUGCAGUCGCUGCAUUCACCGGCGCUGUAUCCACUGUGGCCAAGCACAUGCAACAAAACCACCGUGGGCUGAAUCAUAAUCAGUACACCACUUGUCAUGUACAGCAUUUAUACAAAGAACAAGGCCACAAGGUGUACUUUCGUGUGGAGCAGCAGUAUUCGUGCCCAACAAUUCCAUCAACCAUCACGAGUGAAGGUGAUGCACUAUUCGAAAACUUUUUGUGCGAGAAUCCUGAGUUUGAUGAAGGUUCAAUCCUGAUGCCACCGUCACUAAGCAAAGGCUUCUUUUCCUUCUCGAUAGCCCCCAAGCCCGCAGUGUGGAGUGCUCUGCGAACGGUCUCCGGGUGA